AUGAGUUUUGCACCGCCCCGGAAGCAGCUGGCGAGUGCAGCGACGGCAGCGUCAUAUUCCGGCAGACGUCGGUCAGGGUAUGUAACUGAGUCUCCCUCUGCUGCUUCUCCCCGGAGUCGUGUGACAUCGAUUUACCACGCCCCACCGCACGAGGCGGUAAAGGAGCAAAUGCGGCGGUACGCGCAAAGUAUCUGCAGGCGACAGGCGCCGCCUGAUGGCGUUACCGUUUCAACGUCUCACUUUCCGCGUGGUGGCACCAAACGCGGAGCAGGGAUGGCUCCGACGGGACGACAGGGUGGUUUACUAUCACCGCGCAAUCGCGUCAGGAUAGCCGAACGGAGCGGUGAUGUGCUGAGUUCAUCGCCCUGCGAGUUUAGUGAACCGUGCCUAGACGCGUCCAGAAUUCGGGGUACAGAUGAGAAAAUGAAAGUGAAGCGUUUGCCGUUUUAUUCUAAUGGUGCCGACUCGCCAAGGCAUUGGUGUUCUUACACUAGUGCAAAUGGUAGUCAUCUUCAUCAGCACCCUGCUACUUCUCCCACAACAGACGACGUUGCCAGCGACGAGCACGUAAGCAAUCCAUAUAUUCUUUCUGUGCUGCGGGGCGCGGAGCAGCGCUGGGCUCCACCCUUCUUGGUUCAUCCUUCUAUCAACGACCAAUGCCGCUGUCAAAGCCUUGACCAUUACAACACGGGACAAUCACCGUAUCUUUCUCGCCGAGAGUUAAUGCGUGAGUGGAAAAGGAGAAUAAACGGAAGUCCAAUCAAUGGAUUCUUACAGGCUCCUGCUGCUCACAAGAGUAAAAGCGAUGGUGGUAAAUAUGGUGGGGUGGAAGAUGAAAUAAAACAACUACAUUCUGUCGAUAGCCCAGGAGGGGAAAGCGCAGCAGAUUUAGCUCGACUCCAUAUGACUUAUGCCCCGGCAUCGAUGCCUCCAUUUUCGUUGGGUGUGGAGGGAGCAAUGAAAAGUCAUGCGGGAGGUUAUGACAAGGCGUGGGGAAGCUACACACGCUCCCCAGAAGGAAAAGAGGGAGUUGAGGGGAUUGUUGUGGCUCUGCCACACCGUGGUGUUGAAGCAAAAGCCCGAGAAUUCAAAAUGGCAGACACUGCCAGCGUCAAAUUAACAUUUUUAGAUGAUGACGUCGUUGAAGACACUCGGGCGUACCUCUACGCCCCGCUGAUAAGUGGUGCUACUCCCUUGGCGAGGAAGGCACAUGGCUGUUCUUCACCUUUGGAGUUGCGGGCAGGUUCCGGGCCUGCGGGUUUUCACGAGGACGACAGUGGUGAUGUGCUUCAUUGUGUUGGAGAUGCAAACAGGGCUCAAGAAUCACACCUGACGCUCAAACAUGAAACAGGUUCUCUUCUCACGGCAGCUAAUAACGUCCUCCUGCACCAGCAGGGCAUGAAUUCAGGGAUGGAGCAGACGUCUUUUGAUGCCUCUCUCUGUCGUCCUUGGAGCAGUACCACCACGAACUACCUUAUUGCACCGGAGACAGUGAUUGUAGAUACCUCGGGUGCGGCAUGGGUGGCGACGCUAGUUAGCGCCGCUGAGGCAAUAGCUUCAUGA